GUUCGAACCUCUGAAUACUAACUGUGACUGGUGAAACAUAAAAAUGUGCAACAUCCUGACUGGACUCAGAAUGUGGACGAUCUUCUUGUGCUAUAUAUUAGCAGAAGUAAAGAGUUACCCAAUGCAGAGUUGGCCAGUGUACCCUCAGGUACCUCGUGACUACGCUGAAGAUGAUUACUACUACGCUCCUAAGGCUCAAUAUUACUAUGACGGUGCAGCGAUGAAUCCCCCUGAAGCAUAUGCUCAAGUUCCUUAUACAUACUAUUACGAUCCUUACGGACAUUUCUCUAAUGAAGCGCCAAAGGUCCAUGAAGAGAGAUUUGAUGCUCUACCUAUUGGUCAAGAGACAUGGUACGAGAGUGAGUCCAACCCCAGAUGGCAUUCUAAUGACAUGGAUGACGUCAAUGCGGCAUUUUUAGACAAUCUCAUUCUCACACAGAUGGCUCAAGAUGCUCAAAGACGUCGCGAGAAUGCUCGAGCUGCAUUCCAAAACGUGAAUUAUGAAACAAAAGAUAAUGAAGAUGAAGAUGUUAGAGAACUGAAAGCUCUUGCAGGAAAGCCACUCUAUCAUGUUCCUAAAACUGUUCCUAGAAUCGAAGAUGACGACGACGAUGACGAUUACGAAGGCGACGAUGCUGACAGUUUCAUUAACUGGAAUGGAAACAAAAGAAGUCUAAGCACAGAUGCGCCUGAAACUCAUUCUGAAGAAUCUAACAAGGAAGGUCAAAAAGAAGUCGUAUUGCCUCGACCAUCUCACACCACACAUAGCCAUCUGAGUUCAACAUUCGGUCAAAACAAGCGAAGCCCUUUAUAUUCCGUUAUUACUCGACCAAGAGACAGCCCCAACCAUGGAUCAUCGGAAUCACGAAGAAUUAAGAAACGUUUCGUAUCAAGCGAUUCGGAUCUUGUUGUUGAAUUACGAGGCUUAAAACAUCAUAUUGCAACCUAAUUGAAUUGCUCGAAGAGAAACCGUCAACUAACAUGAGACUGAAUUACUUUAGCUUAGGAAUUACGUAUGGCAUACAGAUACCUAUAUCUAUGUACACGAUAAAAAAACCGUAAACAAUGUAGAGCUCAGAUAUUUCUUCUUAAUAUAGUAGAGCGUAUUUAUUUUUACUUAAAUUGUCAUUCAUUUACUGAUAUAAUAUUUUUUUCGACAUAGAUUCGGAUUUCUGAACUUCAUUUACAUUUAUUUAGAAAACUCUUUUUAAAUUAUAGUAGACGUAGGUAUUAGAAUCAAAUCGUACAAAGGCGACUAUAACUUAAUAAUUAUUGAAGAUUAAUAUGAAUUAGAUUUUUACUAAUAACUUCUAGUUUUCCAGAUCUCUUCUGAAGAAUCGCACAAAAUGUGCGUCAUAAUAAUAUGUAAAUAAUAAAGUAGAUAAUUAUGUACUGAUUAUUUUAAAUUAGAUAGAAAAUGUUUGUAUACUAAGUAUUGAGUACCUACCUACAUAAUCUAAUUUGGUCUAUUUAUGUAUAGUUAACUUUUCGAUGUGUUUAUUGCUUUAUAAAGUCAUUUCAGUAACUUUAUUAUAUAACCUUAUACAAAUAUCGAAAUAACGGUACCUUAUCAAAUCAUUUGGAUCAUCAUCAGGAGAUACUAUCAAAUCUAAACUCAUAUUACCUAUCAGAUUCUUGGUUAAUUAUGUUAAAAAGAAAAUAUUGUUGAUUAGCUGGACAAAAAGCUACAUUUGCAUGUGUAUACUUUUAUAUUCGGGUGCUAAAUAAAUAUUUAGUUAUUACUACGGUCUAAGCAGACAAUACCAGAAAUCUUUUUGCAAAGCAAAACAUAAUAGAGUUGUAUGUAUAUCUUUAUAGCCUAUUUUUAUCUGUAAGGAGUGAUUCUCUCAGGGUGAAGAGGAUGCGGUGAUAUUUUAGCUUUACAGCUUCUGGUCUUAUACUACCGUGGAUCUGUAAGAUCCUUACAAGUAUAUUUGGGGUAAAGUGAAAAGAUUUGUACAUUUGUUAUGCGUUAAACAUCAAAUAGAUGUUAUGCAUUUUCAGCAUUCCUCACUUGUAAAUAGCUCUCUUCCCCAUUAUGUAAAUUUGUAACUUUUACUACAUUUUUAUAUGUUAUACUUGAACUUCUAAAGUACAUAUCUGACUCGUUUGUCUAAAUAUUUUCAAGAUUAGAAGCAGAUGUAACCUUAGCUGCAUAGAGCCUAAAAAGUAUUACUAGAUUACGCGGAUAGUGUCAAUACAUUAAAAUGUGUUAUGUGUUUCAUAAUGUUCGUAACAUUUAAAUAGUUAUUAUAUAAGCGCUUAUGUUAACUACAAUUGUGUCCUUCAUUGUAUCCAUUAUAGUAAAAUAUGUUUUCAAUAAUAUUACUUACGUUUUAUGAUUUCAUUUCGAAAGAUUUUAUAGGAAUUAAAUGAUAAUAAUUGAAUGGCUUUCAACGAACGAAUAUCUUUUGUCAGAUUUUAAAGAGUUGAAUAUUAACUUUCAGCAAGAAGGAGUUUCUCUUAAUAUUCUUCAAAAUCGUCAUAAUAUCUUUAUGAUACUAUAAAAUAUGAUAUUGUGUAAAACAUAUUAGAUAAUAUACUUAUUAUCAAAA